AUGGAUAGCGAUCAUUCGGACAAUGAGUCGAACAGUUAUCUGGAGGAUGAUUCCAUCGAUAUGAAUGAUGAGAACCACGGGGGCGAAAAUGGGAAUUUGGACAGACUUCCGUUGAUCCCCACUGACUUCACUGACAUCCACGAAGCUAUUCAGAACUUCUCCGCGGUGUUUGACGCCAGGUAAGCCAUUCUUAUUUUUGUUCUGCAUUGUUUAGGCGGACCCUUUUUCUCUAGUGUAAUGUAGAAUUGGUGAAAUAGAGAAAAAUUUGUUGUUUAAUAUAAGUCUCUGCAGGUACGGCGGGCUUCAUCCUCGUUUCUAUUCGGGAACUCUUCGUGACGCCAUCGAUGAGUCUUUCGGGAUCAGCAGAAGAGCACCGGCCAUAGAAAGGAAACCCUUUGCUCUUUACUUACACAACGACGACGCCGUGGCAGCCAACAUUUUUGCUCAAAAUGUAAGGCUUCUUAAAGCUUAUUAACAAGUUUGCCCAUGUUAUAUAAGAAGUUUUUAUAUUGUGUAAUCUACGGCAUUGGUUUAGAUAAUGAUCUGAAGAUAAGAUAAUAACAAAUAAAGCUCUUCGUAUUUCAGGUUCUGUGUUCUGAAACAGCAUCAGCUAUUCUUGGGUGCCAAUACACUCUUUGGGCGUGGGAUGUGACUCAAGACGAUAAUCGCAAAAAAUUCAAUGAUUGGGUAGCCGAACUUGGCCUAACUGAUGUCGCUGAUGUUCUUCGGAUCCAUCCUAAAGAAGAUUACCCACUGUUGUUACUGAUUACGAAGGAAAGGUCGAAUUAUAGUGUCGCUAAUGUUUGUCAAGGUAAUAAAAUGUUUACUAUUUAUUUAUUUGAUUUUUAGGAUUUGACAAUGCCACUGAUUGUGUAGAGAAGAUUAUGCAGGCUUUGGAUCAAUACCAAGCAAUCAAAAAUAAGGAAGAAGUGGAAGAGAGAGGUCGGUUGGAAAGAGAGCAGAUCCGGCAAGAACAAGUUACGGCUUAUGAGGAGUCAAAGGCGAUUGACAAGGCUCGACAGCAAGAGCAGGAAAGGAAAAAGCAGGAAGAAAUGUAAGAGACAAUUCAACUUGAAAAUAAUUUAUUAAUAAUUUUACUACGCAUGACAAAAAAUAUUUUAGAGCCGAGCAACAACGAUUCUAUGAAGAAGAGGAGAGGAAGCUGCAAAAAAUGGCACAACUCUCCUCUUCUUUACCGGCCGAACCCUCAGGCAAUGACUGUAUCACGAUUCGUUUCCGUUUUCCCUCGGGCGAACAGAAAAUACGACGAUUUAACAAGGACGACAAGCUCAAGUGGCUGUCGACGUAUGUGGAAUCUCUGGGAUAUGACAUGGAGACUCAUCGAAUCUGGAAUUCCGACUUCCCCAAGAAGGAAAUCUCCAGUUUCGAUGCGACCAAAACCUUUGCCGAACUCAAAUGGCCUCUGAGAGAACAAGUUACUGUCGAGGAGAAGUGA